AUGGACUUCUCCAAGAUAGACCUUUCCCACCCAUCCCUAAAAGACCUAACAACAUCCAACAUCACACAAAACGUCCACGCCAUCAACGCCAAAUGCGCCAACACCCGCACCCGCUACCUCCUCCAACACCUCGUCACCCACCUCCACGACUUCGCCCGUGACACAAAUCUCACCACACAAGAAUGGGAAACCGCCAUCGCCUUCCUUACAGACGUCGGCAAAACGUGCACCUCUGUCCGGCAGGAAUUCGUCCUUCUCUCCGACGUGCUGGGUCUCUCGCUGCUCGUCGAUUCGCUGGAUCAUCCGAAGCCGCAGGGCACCGGGGCGACGGAGGGGACUGUGCUGGGCCCGUUUCACACGCAUGAGGCCAAAGACGUGCCGCACGGGGAGAUGAUUUCGAGAGAUGGGGAGGGGGAGCCGAUGCUUGUUGUGGGUACGGUUAGGAACACGCGCGGGGAGGCGAUUUCUGGGUGUAAGGUUGACGUGUGGGAGACGGAUUCAAAGGGGUUUUAUGAUGUUCAGUAUGAAGGGUAUGAGAACCCCGACGGACGGGCGGUUGUGAGGAGCGAUGAGGGGGGAGGUUUCUUUUUUCGGGCGAUUGUGCCGGUGCCGUAUCCUAUUCCGGGGGAUGGGCCUGUUGGGAGGUUGUUGACGACGUUGGGAAGGCAUCGGUAUCGGCCUAGCCAUUUUCAUUUCAUGUUUGAUAUGCCUGGGUACGAUCGUCUCAUCACAGCUUUAUAUCUUCGCGGAGAUCCGUUUGAGAGGUCUGAUGCGGUUUUUGGAGUCAAGGAGUCGCUGAUUGUGGACUUGGGAACUGUUUCGGAUGUUGAUGGGUUGGCUGAGAAGUAUGGUGUUGAGCCGUCGACGCGGCUUUUGACGUAUGAUUUUGUGCUGGUUUCGGAGGAGGAGGUUAAAGCCUUGAGGGAGUCCAAAGUAAGAGAGUAG